AUGAGGGACCGCUAUAUCAGAGUUGGGUUGAAUGUUUUACAGGAACGGAAGUACCUGAGACUUUGUGAAAUCACUUACACUGCGGAGAAGAAUGGAACGCCAGAAGGAGCCCGAGAAGUGGGUGAUAUUUCUGCAAGUAAAUGGGAGUUAGUUCAGAGGACCACCAGACAAGUUCCGUUGGAUAGGUACCAGAGAACGCCCGCACCUCUGGCUGUUGAUAGCACUGAAAUCUGUGCUUUUCUUUCUCGCGGCAAUGAAAGUUUUCUGAUCCUUGUUGCGCAAUAUCGCCCACCCCUCGAUGCUGUUGUCAUCGAGUUCCCCGCAGGGUUAAUUGACCCCGGGGAAGAUGCGAAAGUGGCGGCCUUGAGGGAGCUUAAAGAAGAAACAGGAUAUUCCGCCUGUGUGGAAGAUGUCUUUGAUGUCUCUGAUGCUGUUUGUCUUGAACCAGGUUUAUCGGACUCUUGCUGCCAGUUUGUUAAAAUACGUGUGGACGGAGAUUCAAAAAUCAACUGUAAACCACAACCUCAGCUAGACGACGGGGAGGACAUCGAUGUCAUUUUGCUCCCACUAAAGUUAGGGAAAAAUGUCGAAAGCGAUGUUACACCCACUAAGAUGUUGAAGCGCCUGGUUGCCCAAAAGGAAGGAAUGAAUAAUCGUACGAUAGUCGAUGCGCGACUGUAUAUGUUUUUGGAGGGCCUUUCUUUCUUUAAGCAUACGAGUCUGAAAAUAGCAACUCUCUGA